AUGUCCAAGUCGUCAGAAAUAUCCAGGUUCCUAGAUAGGAGAGCGGAAGAACUUACCGCCAACGUUAAAAACUAUCUUCAUCGCCAAUUUAUCAUGCGUCACAAGGUCUCUGUUCAUGAGUCAACCUUGGACGAAUACCACGGGAUGGUCGAGGCGCUGGAUCGGCACGCCUUCUUCGCGAGUAUACAGCUACGCACUCUCAAAAAAAUGCGUAGAGCAGUUGAACAAGACAUGGAGGAAGAACUCAAUACACGGGGAUUUGAAAAUAUUAAGAUGCCCUCAAAGGACAGUGUCAUUAGGAAUGCAUACGGCAAAUCCAUGGCUUGGAAGGCCUCGUAUGCCCCUAACAACAGGCUCGAGGAAAAGGAGUAUAGACGAGAAGUCGUUAUCUACCUAAGGGCGAACUCCUAUUCGGAUGGAGCCAGUGUGGUCUUGUGUCCUAUCGCUGGGCCAUUCGACGAAUUUGAAGUCCAAGCUGUAUAUCUCGUGCCCGAAUCUUUGCCCGGGGAUGCGCUGGCCUUCCUCUUUGGAAUUGAAGAGUUUGACCUCCCCAACCCAAGAAAUGGUAUCGUUCUUCAUAAAAUCUUAGCGAAGGGAUUAAAGGCUGGCAUCUUUGCCAUUAUUCCAAGCUUACCUGCCGACGAAGGUCAGCCGGUGAAAUGGAAAUGUCUGCUAGUGGACCCAGGCGUAAAAAAAACCAGUUGGUUUCAAUAUUGGAAAAGGAUUGACGGCAUGGAACUUGCGUUCCAAGGUAGCACGCGCCCUGCACGUCGAUAUUUAUAUUUCCGCUUCGUAAUGACCUACCUCAUUGCGAAAAGGAAAGGGAAUUAUGAGUGGGUGGACAAGAUUAGACACCGUGAAGUGCGAUGGACGGCCAAGGGAAAUUACGUCCAGAAGUCUCUCCUACUCUCCGUGGGCAGAAGUGUUUCUGGCACUGAUCUCCCAUCAGCCCUAUACGAGGGAAACACUUUUGACGCUCGGGAAGUUGAGCCGGAGAUAGAACUUGCACUAACCGUGGCUCUGCGGGCGGAAAUAAAAGUGCAAUGCCGUAUUUCGGAGCUGACUUUGAUGGAGAAAGUGACUAGUCAGCAUCUCUAA